AAGGCAGUUGAGAGAGCAGAGAGCUGUGAGGAGAGUGAGACUCAGAAGACGUGGAGCAUGGCUGCGACACUGCAGUUCCUGGCCUGCCUCACGGGAGCCAUUUGUCUCCAUGGGGUGACUGCGACCCAGCACUAUUCAGGGCAGCCCAUGGACAGUGCCGGCGUGGGAGGUGGCCUGAAGGAGCCAGAGGCCCCGGAAGUGAUGUUUGAGUUGCUCUGGGCUGGGCUGGAGCUGGAUGUCAUGGGGCAGCUGCACAUCCAAGAUGAGGAACUAGCGUCCACACAUCCAGGCCGCCGACUCAGACUCCUCCUGCAGCACCACGUGCCUAGUGACUUGGAGGGUGCUGAGCAGCGGCUACAGCAGCUCCAGAACCUGCGGAAGGGGCCUCCUCUUAGCCCUUGGGACUUUGAACACCUGCUCCUCACAGGGCUGUCCUGCGUCUACCGGCUCCACGUGGCUAACGAGGCUGAGGAGAGGGGUCGUUGGAUCCAGGUCUUCGCCCUCCUGGCACAGGAAGCACUCUGGGACCUGUGCAAGGGUUUCUGUCCCCAGGAGCAGCCUCCGUUGCUGGGGCCCUGGGCCUCCCUCCUUGACCCCUUACCCUGACCCUCCCCUUUUACCUGCCAUUCCUCCCUCCCAUUUCCCCCAUCUCUCCCAGCUAGACCCAUCCUGGGCAGGGGCGUCCAUCUGGCACCUGGUUCUUCUCACUGUGUUUAGAUCUCUGGGCCUGGCCGGCACCCUGGAUACCCUGCCCCCGCCAUCUUAUUCCUUGGACCUUGAUAUGCUAAGAGACCAAGCUCCGGGUCCCAGGGAGCAGGUGCAGAGCUAAGGGCAAGGCUUGCAGGCAGAAUGUGUGAGUGUGUGUGUGGGGGGGGCAGGGGGGAUCAGUAGUCAGGGGUCAAGGUUGAGAAAUGUGUUUAAGAGAUGCUGAAAGGGAAGCUGACCCCAAGUCAGUCCAGGUCAGACCCUCCAACUCCUACCCUGGCAGUCUGUGACAGGUUCUGUGCAAUUUACAGGAACCCUGUAAGUGCUCAGCAUUCAGUCCUAAUUUAGAUAUCCUUUUAAGCACAACCAAGGCUCUGGGGUCUCUGAGCCUCCAAGUUCCCCAUCUGGGCUGGCAGAACAGAUUGGACUUAGUGAGUUCUGUCUGUUGCAGAAGUAGAGGGAAGCAGGUGGUGGAACAUUACUUCUUUUGGAGGAGGGAGGAAAAACUGUCUUGGUCCAUUUCAACAGCUUCAGAUGAACACCUUAGAUGGGAAAGAGUGAGGCUGGGAGAAGACCAGUGGAGAAAGAAAGAAACUGAGGUGGGCUGGGGCAGGUGUAGCCCUGAUUCUCUGGAGUUCUUCCCAUAAAAUGUU